AUGUAUCAGGGAGUCCAGUUACCCCUGUGUCUAAUAUGUGGCCUUUAUUCAAAGGAUAUCCAGAAACAGCGUCAGGGAUUUGUGAAAUUGUCUAACGGUUAUAUUUUACCGGAAGGGAAGAUGACGCCCAACACGCUGUUCGUCGGCGGGAUUGACAUGAAGGUGGAUGAGAACGAGAUCAGGGAAUUCUUUGCCAAGUAUGGAGCUGUAAAAGAAGUGAAAAUAAUCACUUAUCGUGGAGGAAUAUGCAAAGGGUAUGGUUUCGUUUAUUUCAGUGAGGACGUUGAUAUCCAGACUAUUGUUGAUCAGCCGAUUUGUUUUAAAGGGAAAAAACUCAAACUGGGACCUGCCAUCAUGAAGGAGCGCAAUUCUCGUUCAAUGCCGUCUCCACUGAUUGGUCCAUCACAGUGGGUAAGCCCCUCCCCAUAUGUCUACUGCAGCUGCUGCUCCCCAGGCCUGGCCCCACCCUCACCUGUCUUCAACGGAGGGAAUCAAUAUUUGCAGCCGUAUUCUUAUUCCAGUCAUCCAGGUGUUAUGAUCCCACAGGUGCCCAUGAACUAUGCACAGACCACAUACGCCUACCAGUAUCCCAUGCCACAGUGGUGCGGAGAGCAGAGGACGAGGCUUGUCAAUCAGAACUAUGUGGAUUGUGGAGUCCAAACCUUGCUAACCCUUCUGUAG